AUGAUCAACAAGCGAAAACCCCUGGGCUUGAUCUUGCUCGCGUUGCUGGCCGACUGCUACGCUCAGGAGAAGGAUAACUUCUGUUAUCUUGCUUCAGGAGCGUCAUCGGUCACGUUCACCGUGAGCGAGGACUUGACCAUAGGUUCAGAAAUCGGGGCGGUCAAAGUCUACGGCGACGUCGGCAGGGAUAUAACGUUAACGAUCGAAAACUCCGACGCCGUGGUGUUCAGGAACAAGAGCCUCAUACUUCAGAAGAAACUCGACAAGGAGGGCGAGGAUGGGCUGAAGGACUUCACCGCGGAAGCUGUCUGUGCUCCCCAAAACGACCUGACGAUCUCCAUUCCGAUACGUAUCAUCGUCACCGACGUCAACGACAACGCGCCCAAGUUCCAGGGAGUUCCGUACUCUCUGAACGUGUCGGAGGCCACGGUUCCCGGAAGCAUAAUCUCACAGGGCUUGAUACGCGCAGUUGACGCCGAUCAACCCGGAACCUACUCGACGGUCGAGUAUUUCAUCGAGCGAUCGGAAUUCAGCAAAUUCGUAGCUUUUGAGAACAGCCUCGAAGGCACGUUGACGUUGGUCGAGAAGCUAGACUUCGAGACGACGCCGAUGUUCAACGUGACCAUCAGGGUUCAGGAUCAGGGUAAUCCACCGAUGGUUUCCCGGACCAAUCUCACGAUCCACGUCGUAGACGCCGACGAUCAAAAUCCUCGCUUCCUGCACGAGCGCUACUUGUUGAACUUGCCCCCGGAUCCCAAAAUCAAGGAGCCCCUCGAAGUGCUUCCCGCGAAAAUCCAGGCAAUCGACCCCGAUGAGGGUCUGCGAGCGCCGGUGAAAUAUUCUCUCAGUUCGAACAGGGCUGAAUAUUCAUAUUUCGCGAUUGAUCCCUACACCGCUCAAGUCAGUCUCACGCGGAAACUUCCGCCGAACACACAGCUUCCGAUAGUUCUCGUUGUUAGAGCCACUCAGCGGAACGAUGAGGAGAAGUUUUCGUUGACCACGCUCACCGUAGCGUCGUCGGAGUUCCUCCCGCACGAGCUCAAGUUCUUCCAACGCGAAUACGUCGUACCUCUGGUCGAAUCCACUCCUCCUGGUCAGGUGAUUCUGCGUCUGCAAACGACAAAGUCCACGGAAAAUAAUCUCAAAUUCCAACUGGUGGCCGAAGACGAACGCAACGUCGCCACGUUCUCGAUGGGAGCCAAGGGCGAGAUCUACCUCCAGAAGAGUAUCGAUUACGAAGUUCGUCGUGAGUACAUUUUGAAGGCGUUCGUCACCGACGGCAAGGACCGAGAUUCCACUCGCAUCAAUGUCACGAUCCUCAACGCAAACGACAACGAUCCGGUCUUCGAAUUCCCUCAGUACACUUUCAUUAUGCCCAGCAACGCCAAACCAGGAGAACUCGUCGGCAAGGUGAAGUGUACCGACGGUGAUCUAGAUGACAAAAUCAGCUACUCUCUCGAAGGCCCAAACUCGAACGCUUUCUACGUGAAUGACCGUGGGGAAAUCCGGCUGAAAAACGCCGAUCAAGUUAACGUCACGUCGCACAUGAUCGUGGUAGCCAUCGACAACGGAGUUCCACCUCGAAGAUCGACGAGUCUAGUGACCGUUCGGCUUCCGGAAAUCGCUGCAGCGGCGUCCGGUCUUUUCCGGAACUCUGCGCUGAUCCUGCCGGCGGCAUUCGGUGUGAUUCUGGGCAUCCUCGUCCUCAUCAUAAUCACAAUGGUCUUCUAUAUUCUCAAGAACAAGAAAUACAGAAAUCACUUGCCGGUCGUGAUCGACGGCAAUGGACUCAACGGGGGCCCGCCGCCCCGGCCCACGCUCGAACCCAACAAAGUAGUCGGACCCAAAAGGCCACCAGGUGUAGAAAACCCGAUGUUCACCAAUGAACGAGAAGAUACCUGGUCAACGAGUGAACACGAAGUUGCUCAUGAGGGUUUCCAGAGACUCGUCAGUCGUCCUCCGGGAAACUCCCGGACGCCGCGACUUCCGAUCUCUGGGAACUCAAGUCGCAUUGAGUGGCCUCUGGGUUCGAUACCCAGGAGGGUCAAGAAACUAAGUUGGGAAGACGAGUUCGCCAACGAAACUGCCCUAGAUCCCGAUGUGAGCGUCGCGCCCUACCACCAGAACGUCAGACACAAUCCCAAGGACGUAACGGUGUAUUUUUAA